ACACGCAGGGCGCGAAAAGCUUAUACACCGUGCGCAAAUUUCGAAUUAAUACUUGAAGAGGAUUACGUCUUUGGAUUGUGCUAAAUAAAUUAGUGGUGUUGGUGAAAGUUUUGGAACAUUUGUGUAGUGAAGAAGUGUUUUUAAAGGACUGUGAUAUUGAGUUAGGAUGCUAUAUAAGCAAUACAAUGUUUAUUUAGAGUAUCCUUGAAAACCCGCUGAUACGAGUCUUAGUGGUCCAAGCACGAACACUCACACACCGAACGAAGAACAAUAAAGUGACUUUAAUUAAGCUGAUCAUGAUGGAACACCGAUAGAGCCGUUAGAUCGUGAUUAAACCAUAACGAACUUCUAUUUUAUCAGAAGCGAAAGAUUGGGACAGAAAAAAAAUCCGUUGAGGAAUGCUUUCAUACCGUCAUGCAGAAGCAACGUCGAGAGUUAGGCCUGAAACGAUUUUGGUCAGCGGUGAAAUCUUCCAAUAGUAGUUCUGGUUCUCAAUGUGAACCCUGCCCCGAAGACUCGCCCAAUGAAGAAACAAAACCUCCUCAUUGUUCUUUACCCUUGCUGCAGGUUUGGCCAAGUUCAGAUUCACCACGGGGAGAAGCUGAUGGUCAGAGUUUUGUCUUUCCAGUAUGUGCAGAAGAUGCAACAUCGCAAAAUUCAACAUGUAUGGACAAUAUACUACACAAUGAUUCCGGGAUUGAUUCGGAUCAGGUAUCACCUUUACCGUCGACGGCUGGUACAUCUACAACUCCGCUGCAAUCACCAACCCCCAGUCUUCGACGACCCAGUAGCUCCUUGCUUCACCCCGAUCAUGCAAGACUUCUAAGACUUUAUCCUAUCAUAUCACCACCACACAGUUCUACUGAAGAUCUAUCAGAAAUCAAUACUAACGGUGGCAACCCAGUAGUAUCACCGUCAUCAUCAACAACCUCUUCACUCACAUCGAUAGCAGCUGCUGUUGCAGCUAACAAUAUAUCAAGAGCCAGUGAUAGUUCGGAUAGUCGACGGAGGUCAUCAACAAUGACAGCUAGGUAUUCAAUAUUUGACGCACUGGACUUAGAAUAUGCUCUGCUAAGAGCUGCCGCCAGGGGAAGUGUAGGACCAUAUUCGUUAAGUGAGAGUUUACAUAAACUAACUUUUACACAAAGUCUGGCAUUUCCAGCGUUAGCUCGAGGUUUGGCCGGCAAAAGAAGACGAUCUCAGCAGAACCAUGCUAGACGGCCUUUAAACCCCAAUGAAAGUGGACUCAAUACUUGUGCAAAACUAGUGACAGCUCUGGUACUGGUUCUUGUUAGUGUUUUAGUUUUUGCAGUGGUUUAUAAAUUUGUAAGGACGUGAGGUUUACUUCUAGCUCCUCAUGGAGCUAGACAAGGCAGCUUUACUAUGAAGAAUUCUAGUGAUUCAGUUAAGAGUCUUACCGAAAUUACAUAAAUGAGAUAUAAAUGGAUAUAACAAGGAAGUUGAAUGUUCGUAAAUUAUCACUUUAACCAUUUGGUAAUGACCAAAACGAAUGCUAUCAAAAUAGUAAAAUAGAUAAAUGGUAUUGAACAUUGUGUCUGUGAUGGUUGUUAUUUUAGAAGAUAGAAUAUAUUUUGCUAGAUUUUUGUCUUAAUACCAUUGUCUCAAAUUUAAAGUUUUACAUGAUAUAAAACUUUAAAAAAUUGACAGAUAUUAAAUCCAUAAGGGUUUUUAGUUUUUAUAUUAAAAAUUUUUGUGACCACGUCAUGCAUAGAAUAUUUAUGUAAAGUAUUAUAAAAACCUUCUGUUCUUUUAUUUAAAUUGUUAUUAGUUUUUUUAUCUUUUAUUUACAAUAUUUACCAGUAAUAAAAGGUAUUGCAAAUUUAUUCAUUAAAGUGAAAUUUAGCCAUUUUUCAUUUUUUAAGCUUUCAUACAAACAGAUUUAAAUACACUGACCCGCAAAAGUUACCAUACAUGUGAAUUACUACCUGUAGAGUAAAUAGAUAUAAAUAUACAGUAUACGGCAAAAUAAACAGUAGGUACUGAAAUGAAUAUUGAAAUGUUUAUUAUUAUUUAUAUCUUUAGUAUACAUGAUAUAGCCUUCAAAUAUUAUUCACGACAACGUUCCCGAUAAAACAGAUGUUAAAGAUACCGGAACUUAAGAUGGUGGAUGGGUCUGCCUUCUUCGGUAUUCCCCACAUGUACACAACAAGUGGCGUUAGAUCUGGUGAGUGGCGAUCUCUCAAAAUGAUCACGCAGUAUUCGAAGAGACUCCCUGGCCCUGGCCGUGUGACAGGUUGCCCAGUCCUGCUGAAACCAUUGUUGAUUUUAAGCUUGGACUGUUUUCGCAACCUUUUCGUGUGAGCGAAAAUAGUACUCAAAAAAAAAUUAAACUCUUAGAGUACAGUUUGGUGGUAGAGGUAUAAUGGAAUGGGGUGGCAUUUCGUUGGAAGGACAUAUAGACCUUGUUAUGUUAGGGGCAGUUGGCCUUAAUGCUGAUAGAUACAUUAGGGAAUGUGGAUGAAUCUGUGUUUCCUUUUAUGAAUUUUGCCAGUGAAAAUUUUCUCCUAAUGCAGCAUAAUGAUCGGCCGGACAUAGCCGGGAUAACAAUGUAAUACUUACUUUAUAGAUGUUGGUAUUCGGUAACUAGUCUGGCCUUCUAGAAGUCUAAAUCUUAACCCGAUAGAGCAUUUGUGCGACAAGUUUUGAAGGGUAUUUAGACAAAAUUAUGGCGAGUAUGCAUCUUUUUUGGAGUCUCAAAGCUUUUUCGUAUGAUUAUUCUAGAACUUGAGAGGCAUUUUCAACUCUGACCACUGGACUAAUGACGCUUUAUAAUAGGAGAUGCUUUAUAUUGCAAUUUGUUUUUGAUUUUUUAUACCAAUGAACAGUUUUUGUUGGCUAAUAAUUAUUCACGCUAUUCACUUUAACACUCUUGUAUCUACAUUGCGUGACGUGGUCAUGUUGGAUUACAUAAAUAAAUAUACUCGUAUAUCCAUGUAAGAAGACGGCGACGUCUGUAUUUUAUUUAAUCUUUCUUUCCAUUUACAUGUUAGAGAAAUAUUUGUAUAUAUGGAUAUUCUAAAAUAAAGUAAUCUACUUCUUAUAACCUUUUGUAAAAUAAAAAAUACUUCCUAAAAAAAUUCCAUUUAAUUUUAUAUCUAAAUGGCCACAUAACACCUAUUAGUACAUUCUUUCACGGUUUUUGCUGUAAAUUUUAAAGAACCGCUUGGAUUGAUAUGAAAUUUGGCAUACGCAUAGCUAACAUGUCAAAGGAAAAAAGUGAUAUGGUGCCGAUGUGUACUUUUUCCCUGGGAGUGAGUUUCACCCCAUCUCGGAGGUGAAUAAAUAUAUGUCCAAGGCAAGUCCCGAAAUGGAAAAACUGACUAAUUUUAAGCAACUUUUGUUCUGUAGAGUUUUUUCACCAAAUCAAUACUUUUCGAGUUAUUUGCAAGUUAAUAUGUUCAUUUUUCAACAAAAUAACCACGUUUUUGGACGGUUUUUCGCAAAUAACUCAAAACAUAAGCAUUUUGUCGAAAAAAACCUUCUUCAAAACUAUAGCCUAUAAAAAAGUGAAAAAAACGGUGUACAUAUUAGGUCUCUAUACCUGGCAAAAAAAAAAGUUAUAGCUAAUAAAAAAUAGGUUAAUAUUCGAAAAAUUCCAAAUAGAAUAAUUCAAUGUCAAAUAUCCAAAUAAUGAAGUCUUGGGGAAAACACAUAACAACUUUUUUAAAGUGUUUAAAAAAGCUUUAUUUCUGUUUUUAUAUAAAAAAUUUCUAGCAUCAAAUGUAAGCAAGUUACGCUCAAAAUAAAGUUGGUCCCUUUUGUUUUAACAAAAAAAAAAUCAGGAAGCUCACCCC